GGUCUCCGGCACCAGCUACACUGCUGCCGCUGUCACUAUGGCCCAUUACAAAGCCGCCGACUCGAAGCGUGAGCAGUUCCGGAGGUACUUGGAGAAGUCGGGGGUGCUGGACACGCUGACCAAGGUGUUGGUAGCCUUAUAUGAAGAACCAGAGAAACCUAACAGUGCUUUGGAUUUUUUAAAGCAUCACUUAGGAGCUGCUACCCCAGAGAAUCCAGAAAUAGAGCUGCUUCGCCUAGAACUGGCCAAAAUGAAAGAGAAAUAUGAAGCUAUUGUAGAAGAAAAUAAAAAACUGAAAGCAAAGCUUGCUCAGUAUGAACCACCUCAGGAGGAGAAGCGUGCUGAAUAGGAUUCUUCUCAGUUGAAAAGACAAUGAAAAAUGGUUUUGUAUGACUUGAAUAGUUUGUAUAGUAUAUAAUCUUUUCUGAACAGAUGCUAUAGAACUCUUUUAAUAUGUUUAAUUCACCUAUCACACUCUGUUAAAAACACAUAGAAUCAUCAAUAAAAACUCAAUAUAACUUUCUUUGGGUCUUAAAGCAGGAGAAUCCAAAGUAAAUCCUGAAAAAACCCUAAACACAGCCAUCUAACUCAUUACCUUAAAAGACAUUCUGUUUAUUAGUCUGAUUAGGAAUGAUGGCACUGGUUGUAUUUUAGCCAAGACAGUUUAGCACGGAGCUAUUCCUUGGUAUAGUGCAGGAUAUGAACACAGGUACAGUCAUUCUUUGAAGGUGACACUGUUAUGUAUAUUCCCUAUAGGCAGCUGGAGAGAUCUGUGUGACACAAGAUGCUUUUGUACAGGUUCCCAUGAGUCUUCUGCUCUUGUUUGUGUAACAUGGAACAAAUAACUUCUUUGCCACCACUUUGCCUUAGAUAACUGUGUGUGUGUGCCAGUUUGAACUCUGACACCACAUUUUCCUUCUAUGCAAUCAUGCCUUGUCUGAUAAUCUUGCAUUGCUUUGCUCUGAGCUUUAGUGGGUCCUAGUUGCACACUGGCCUUUCUGUGCUGUUUUUCAAUUUGCCUAAUAAUAGCAGUUACCCUGAUUAUAAUUUAUGUAACUUUAAACAGGAUCACACUGUACCCCCUGCCUGCCUUAUUUGCUUACUGAGCACAGGACAGAGGCAAUAUACAACUCUGGGUUCACACACAAGCUGAGAUGAGAAGAGGAAUGAGCCAUAUAUUGUGGAAAAUCAUAGUUUGUAGGUAUAAUUAUAUAGCGCUUUUCUCCCUCAAAGUAUUUUUCUAGCCUUGAAUUCAUUUUAUCUUCAUUAUAUAAUCCCUGUGAAGUAGGUGGGACAAGUAUGAGGGGAAGAGGGGUGCUGAAUUUUUAGGCCAAAGACUGAUAUUAAUACAAAUCACUCACUAACUGUAGAGCCUUGGGCAUAUCAGUGAACUGCUCUAAGAUUUACUGUCUUCAUCUGUUUAAUGAGUAGAAUAUCCGUGAUGCCUACCUCACAGGGUUGUUGUGAGGGUCAAAUGAGAAUGUAUGUGAAAGAUUUGUAAAUGGUAAAGCACUA